AUGGCAGACUGGAAGCAGCCCUACCCGUCCUUCACCAAAACCUACCAUCACGACCAAUACCCCGCCAUCGACCCCAAGCAGCCCGCGCUGAACUGCUCCCAGAAAAUCAUCCUCAUCACAGGCGCCGGCGCCGGAAUCGGGCAGGCCAUCGCCAUCGCCUUCGCGCAGGCCUCGGCGAAGGGGAUCGCGCUGCUGGGACGGACGAAGGCGACGCUCGACGAGACGGCCGCGAAGGUCAGGGAGGCGAGUGACAGGACGGAUGUCUUCAUCGCGACGGCGGAUAUCACCUCGCAGAAAGAUGUCCAAGCGGCGAUGGACGGCGUGCUGGGACAUUUCGACGCCGUGCCGGACGUCCUCGUGAAUAACGCGGGAGGCUCCGUGGGUCGCGGCCUGCUCAUCGACGUGGACCUUGCCGAGUUCACCAAGUGUCACCGGCUGAACGCCAUAGGACCCCUAAUCGUCUCGCAGGCCUUCCUGCGCGCCAACAGAGCACGCACGCCAGAGACGCCGCGGACGAUCAUAAACCUGCCCAGCGGCGCCGCGCACCUGCCGUACGCGCCCGGCGGAGCGGCGUACAUGACGUCGAAACUGGCAUCCACCAAGAUCACGGAGAUUCUGCACUAUGAGCAUCCGGAGUGGAAUAUCUUCAACAUGCAGCCGGGCGUCGUGGCGACGGAGCUCGCGCGGCAGGCGGGGCGGAGGGCGCCUGAUGAUCCGCGGCUGCCGGCGGGCAUGGCGGUGUGGUUGAGUGCGAGUCCGGAGGCGAGGGAGUUGAAUGGACGGUUUGUGUGGGCGAAUUGGGAUGUGGGGGAACUGUUGGAGAGGAAGGAGGAGAUUCAGAGGGGGAGUCUUUUGAAUGUUUGGUUGAGGGGGUGGGCGGAGGGGGUUAGUGCUGAGGAGUUGAUGGAGACGGCGAGGUGA